CUGCGCGCGCUCCUGGACGCACAAACGAUCUGCUGAGCUGCGUGUCCCUCAUAGAGGAAGAUAGAAAGAGCUGUGUUCACAUACACUUACUCUUUUACGCUCUGUUUGGGCGAUUAAUAUGAGUUUUUCUUCGUUUUAACAUUUUAUUUUAAACUGCGUAUAUAUCGACGCUGUUUUCGUUGACGAGAUGUUGGAGAGGGUCGCUCAGCAAAAAUGAACACAGAGUGCGCCAAGCCUUCUGUUGCUCCAAAGCCAAGGUUUGUUUGUCACGCCAGCCUGAAGUGGCCCUCCCCUCUCAUGUCUGCAGCCAGGGGUUCCAAACCCUCUAUAGCCCCAAAACCUAAAGUCACACUGGAGCUGAAUGGAAACCAGGCAAGAUGUGUUAAUGGAAGCUUGCUAACAACCGAAGGCGAAGUAGACGAAGAGCACGAGACUGAGAAUAGUCUAAACAAUGCUGUUUCAGACAGGUUGCUAACGGAGAAAAAACAUAAAGCCUACAUCCUAGAACGACAAGAAGAUUCAGAGAGGGAAUCAUGGGGGGCGGAGGAUGGAGAGCCAACAGGGGUGGAAAGGGAAGAGGAAGAAGACGUGAUUCAGCAGAUGGACGAGGACUGGAGGUUAACAGACAGCGCUCUAACAGAGGAGGUGGACUCCCUGGAAACACUUUGGGUCAGUGAUGCUGGACUCAUGGCUGACUCUGAGGGGGUGGUGGAGAUGGUUGACACAGACAUGACGGAGGACAUGAACGCAGAAGGUUUCGAUGCAGGAGAGGCACUAGCUGACCCAGGUGGCCUCUCGGUGGAAUGCAUUUUAGUAAAUAGCAUUGAUGAGGAGGCAGGAUGCUAUGCUGCUGAAAAUCAACACAUGAGAGAGAAGCAGGAAAGGGUACAAAUCAACGAGAUUGAAACAGGUGACUGUACAGCAGAUGAUCUGACUGAGUCCCUCACAGACGAACCUGAUCUUCUUGUCAAUGAUGCUGAUACAAAAGUCUUUCUGACAGACAGAGAGGAGAAAGAAGAAGAACUUGCUACUGACUGUGGCAUCUCAUGUAAAAUCCUGAAGUUUGGAUGUGGGCUUAAAACAAAGGAAAAGGGCGAAAAUCAGCAGACCAGUUCAUUUUAUAAAGAGGUCUCUGAUGCAAAGAGAAAUGUGGAAGUGGAGGAGGAUCCAACUCAUGAACCUUAUUAUGUCUCUUCAGAGGACAUUAUUCAAGAAGAGAUAAAGCCCAAGAAUACCAAACUACGGGGAAAUUAUCUGUUGUCUGUUGGUAACAGAGGAGUAUUGUCUGAGAAAUGUGAGGAAAGUGCUAAAGAUCGACAAACGAAAUGUAUGAACGCUGAAGAUUACAUGGAGCUUGGUCAAAAUGGCUACAUCAGCAAAAAUGGUGAUGAACACUUGUUAGGAGCUUAUCAGAAAAGUAAAACUGACAUCUCGCUGAAUCAUUUGGACUGUGAACCGAGGUUCAGGCUGGUAUCCAUCUCAGUGCCAACAAACACAGACAGCUCCCUAUCAUCUUUUCUAUCAGAGAGCCAGUUGCUCUCCCUGAAUGACUCGGAUGUCUUCAGGGAUGAGGAAGACCUAGAGGGUCACAUAGUACCUUUUCUGGGUGACUCCACUGACACGGAGCAGGAUAUCAGUGAGGAUCAUGUCUAUGAAGAACCUGGGAACUGUUCAGAGGGUGAAAAUGUUUUUCCUUUUAAUAGGAGGACAAGCGAGUUGUGCUCUGGCUCAAUGUCACACCACAUUAAUAAAAAUAUGUCUGAAAUGGGGGUGCAGUUCGUUCACAAGCCCUACAUGAGUGGAUUCGGACAACCUGCAAUGAGCAGCAGUCCCAUGCUAAGCUCAGUGCUACACAAAGGCUACAACAAACCGCAUUAUUUGUCCCUCUACCCCCGCUCCCUCUCGAUGGAGGGUCAGGACAUGCCUCUUGGUGCCUGCAGUUACAGGGAAGGAUCCCCAAGACAAGGAGGUGCUAUUUGUUCAUCUGGAAGCUUCUCCCGGUGCUCACCUCUGUCUUCGAGUGGCUUGUCCACUCCAACAUCAGUGUCAGACAUCCCUCCUCCAUUUGACCUGGCCUACAUCACCAAGAGGCCCAUCACUAAGAGUUCCCCUUCGCUUUUUAUUGAGGGAGACUUGUCAGAGAAAAACAGGAAAAAGAAAUCCUCCAUCAAGCGCUUCCUGAUGCUGAAAUUUAGGCGGAAAACAGAGAGCAAGCCUGUGGUGGAUGUUAGUGCACCCUCCUUUAAGACCUCUGUGGAGUUCACCCACCACAUGCCCAGCAGACUGCUGGAUCUUGAUAGACACAGUACAAGUAGCUCUCCACUGCUCAACUCACGCUCUGCUAGUAAAUCUAAAUUUUUGGCUGAGCCGGAUUCAACUUUCUUAUUCUACAAGGACAGCAAAAGAAAAGGGAACUCUGUGGCCUUUCUCAAUCGCAGCGUUGUUCGCGUGGAGUCCUUUGAGGAACGCUCUCGUGUGACUUCAACAUCUCUUCCAAUGACUAAGCCUCGAUCCAUUUCCUUCCCCAACACAGAUACCUCAGACUACGAGAAUGUACCUGCCAUCAGCUCGGACUACGAGAACCUUCAGGUCCCCCAGCGAAGGCCUGUCCGACAAGCCCCCUUUACAGACUUCUUCGACCGUCCCGGUAGGGUGAUGUCCUCUGCCAAUGAGACUGAUGGAUAUGUGGACAUGAGCAGCCUCCCUGGGUUCAGGAAUAAAACUCCGUCAUCCGAACAGGAAGCAGAAAGUGCAUAUACAGAAGCCUACAACGUGUGCUCAGUGGCUCUUGCUCCACAGAACACUUCAGUGGGUGAUCUCCUUAAAGAGACGGCUUGUGAGGAAGACCAGGGACGAACUUCUGAUGAGGAAGACGCAGGUUCAGCCAACAGUUAUGACAGACAGCCUGAUGGCCGAUCCAGAGCCUUUUACGUCGCAAAAGAGCUGGUGGAUACAGAGAGAUUACACGUGAAAGCCCUCAAGCUUCUCCAGGACGACUUUCGGGAAGCAGUUGGGGCAGCAGUCGGGGAUGAGGGGGACCCUGUGCUGGAUGAAGAGAGACUUAGAGAAAUUCUCAAUGAGCUGCCUGAUGUUUACAUCUUGCACCGCAGAAUCCUCAACGAGCUGGAGAAUCGAAUUCGACAUUGGGAAGAGAGCCAGAGGAUCGCAGACAUCUUUCUGUCCAGAAAAGCAGAGUUUUUGGUUUUCACCACUUACAUUGGCCACUAUGAUAGAAGUAUGAGCCUGCUUGACGAUAGCUGCCAAACAUCACCUGCCUUUGCAGCCAUUGUUCACCAGUUUGAGCAGCAGAGUCCAGCAGGGGAUAAAGUGUCUCUGAAACAUCAGCUCCUGCAAGUCAUCGUGCGUGUAGCUCAGUACCGCAUGCUCCUCACGGAUUACCUGAACAACCUCUCCCCUGAUUCCCAGGAAUAUGAAGACACCCAGGCUGCUGUGGCCGUGGUAUCUGACUUUGCAGACCAGGCAAAUGACAGCUUAAAACAGGGGGAGAACUUGUUGCGUCUGGUCAACAUAGAGUACAGCGUACUCGGCCAGAGGGACCUGCUGCAGCCUGGCAGGGUCUUUGUGAAGGAGGGCACCCUGAUGAAGGUCAGCAGGAAGAGUAGACAGCCCCGCCAUCUGUUUUUGAUGAAUGAUGUGCUGCUGUACACAUAUCCUCAGCAAGAUGGGAAAUACAGACUGAAGAAUACUCUGCCCCUCACUGGGCUGAAGGUCAGUAAACCCAUCAUAGAAAAUGCCCAAAAUGCCCUGAGGAUUGAAGGAACAGACAUCUCCAUCACGCUGUCUGCAAGUUCCUUCAUUGAAAGAGAAGACUGGUUUUACACUCUGAGCCACACUGUGACUGAACAUACCAGGGGUUCUUCAUCAUUUAACAGCUGCUCAGGAGAGGCAAGAGACUGUCUGCGCCUGGCUCUCGGAGAAAAAGCUCCUACACUUGUUCCAGUCUCACAGGUGAUGAUGUGCAUGAACUGCACCUCAGACUUCAGCCUCACUCUGCGCAAACAUCACUGCCAUGGCUGUGGGAGAAUUGUUUGUCGGAGUUGCUCAAGGAACCGAUAUCCACUGAAGUACAUGAACAACCGCCUGGCCAAAGUCUGUGAUCACUGUUACAGCGAGCUUAAGAAGAGAGGAGGAGAUGUGUCCUUGCUGUUAGGUGACUGUAGCCCUCGUCCAAACCGCUCCAGUCGUCCCCUCUCUUCUGUGUUCCAAAACAUUCAUCCUCCAAACAUCUGGAGACAUCGCAAAGGAACCGCCUCCUUCACCCAGGUGACAGUGUCAGAGGAGGGUUCUAUCAGCGGCAGUCUGCAUUGCAGCAAGAAGAGCAAGAGGAGCUGGAAGAGACUGUGGUUCCUCCUAAAAGACAAGGUGCUUUACACCUACAGAGCUCAAGAGGAAAAAGUAGCAUCUGAGAGUUUACCUCUGCUGGGAUUCACAGUGAAGCUACCUGACAGACUGCAGGGAGAGGAGGAGGCAAACAUCUUCCAGCUUUACCACAAAAAAACCUUGUAUUACACCUUUAGAGCCACAGACAACUACACAGCCCAGAGGUGGGUAAAUGCCAUGGAGGAAGCCACAGUUUUAUAGGAUCAGCUGUUCUGGGUAGUUGGCUGGAAAUAGAAGUCUGAUGUCUUUCUUCUGCUACAAACCGACUGUGAAACCAAAAUGGGAAGAUUAUCUGAUAAUGUCUGCAAGUUGAAACUUGCCUUGCUGGACUGAAUAAAAAUAAGACGCGAUGUUCUUUGAGAGGGGACAUGAUUACCUACUUUGUCAACCUCCUGUGUCCCCCGCCUGCUGCUGCAGCAGGUGUGAUGCUGAGAGCCUCGACAGGCGUUGGCCCAGAUACCUGCCAGAGUAAAACGUUACAUGGUGUGACCUGUAUUUCCUCCCAGAAGCUGAUCAGAGACAUUCCUCCAGAUCAAGGAGAAAACUAUUGGGGGGAAAGACAUUCUACGAUUUUAAUUAUUUUUGCACAUAUCUAAUAUUUUAAAACCACAUGAGAAACCAUACAAAAUCUGGACAUAUUAUCAGUCAUUGUACUGUUGCUUCCAGGGAGGCUGAAAAAAACUGUAAUUUAUUUCACCGCCACUCAAAAAUACCAAAAUCUGACAUGGCCUGAUGAAUAAUGUAGUUAUACCUUCACUUCUACAUGAGUUCUUUCACUGGAUUAAAUGACUCAUAUAUUAACGCACAGGCUGUGACGUCAAAGAGUGAGUAAUUUAGAUCUUAUAGAAAAGUGUGUUGCUUUUCCAUGUACUGUAUUAUAGGAGAUUGUCAUGCCAGUUAAUGCAUAAUUAUGAUAUUUUCUAGACUGAUAUUAAAAGGAAUUAAUUAAAUUAGUUUACCUUAAUCACUUAGGCCGAAUAACUUCAGUUACUGUACUUAACCUAAUUUACUUAAAGUGCUUUUUAUCAUGCUUUAUUGUUUCAAAUACUUUCAAAAAGAAGAAUGUACAUUCUUUUUUGUAUUAAGACUCAAUAUCCAGAAAUGCACAGAUCAACUCUGGAUUCAACUGUACUGUACUUGAUGUUGAGUUGUUUAAAUGUCUGACAAUAUUAUUUUAAAAUGAAGUAAUGAGGCUGAAACGACA